UUUCCGCUUCACAUGGCGGAUGACCCAGAACUGAUAUAUGGGAAGCAUUUCUCAAUGACAUCACUGCUUCCUUGGACUCUUCCGCGAGCCAACACGACUUCAGACAUUUGGUCGCGAUGGGAACCCGUAGGAACCUACCAUAGCGUUGGGGUGGAACUAGUUACCUUGGUGACGGAGGAACGCGAUUUUAAUUUAGAUCCAGUUUUUUUUUAACUCGGUCCUUUUCUCCGGAGCAACCAUGUGAGGUUAGGCCGAGAGAAGGAGCGAUCCGGAGAAGUUCGGGAAGCAUUAAAGUAUUCCUGGAGGGAAAUCGGGGCAACUUCCUUGCGGGGUUGUUGAUUGGCUCGCGAAGCGCAUAGUGCAAUCUCGAUGCUUAUAGAUUCUCCCUAAGCAUCUUGCUUGAGCAACAUCCAUAGGGUGAAUGCUGUGAUAGGAAACGGUUUAACCAGUUAUGGGGCUUGAGAAAGAAAGGCCGGGUUAAGGAUGCUUUGGUACUUUCUAGCGCCGUGUUUUUUUCAAACUUGACAAUUUUAAGAUGUAUGUGGACUUCAACUCCCAGAAUUUCUCAGCCAGCCAUUGCUGCCUUGGGAAUUCUGGGAGUUGAAGUCUUAUAUAGCUUAAAAGUGGCUAAAUUGAAAAACACCAUUCCAGGGUGCGAUUUUUUUAAUUUAAUAUCUUAUUUAAUAUAUUUAACACAUCAAUAAUAUUUAAUAUAGAUAUUAUUAUAUUUAAUAAUAUUUUAUUUGAUAUUUUUUAUUUAAUAUUCACCACCGGGGAAGCAAUUUGGGAAAUUGUGCAGCAAUUUGGGCUAGGAAAUUGCGCCCAGUAAAGACAGCGGUUUAAUUUGGAUCCAGCAAUCGUAAUGGAUCUGAAAAAUGUUUUAUAUUUUCAUUACAAAUUCAUUAUUAAAAUCUCAGAUGCAUAUAAAAGUUAUAAAUAAGGUCACUGGUACUCUGCUUUUGAAUAGGGCUUGCCUUUUUUCAGAUUUAUGCUACUUGAGAAGAAUGUAUGUAUGUGCAAAUAGGAACUUGGAUUAAUUGUGUCUUAAGUCCUGACUGGUUUUUUAUCAGUCCCAUUAUGUUUAUGUGGUGCAAGUUAUUGACAAUAUUCUAUUUCUCUUAAGGCUGUUUGAAAUCUAUGGAGCCUCCAGACACAUUUUCCAACUGAGGAAUGGCAACUCCACCGCUGAAUCCUCCACCAGAUCUCCCCUUUGCUGCCACCUUGUUCCUGCCCCUCCCUGCCAUCGUUUUCUUGGUUGUUGGCUCCUACCUGCUGCUCCUCAUUCUGGUCCUGGUCCUCAGACAAUGCCUACUGGCCAGAGGUUUUUGUGCCAAUUGCUGUUCCUGUGAGAAGCGGUCUUGGCCAACUAUGUGUGAAUGCUGUAUGGCUUGUGCUGAAUCAUGCAACUGUGCCCUUCCCACUCCAACCCAUUGUCUAGAUCACUGCUGUUCUUGUGCUAAUGGCUUGGAACCAAGAAGUUGCUCCUUUCCCCGCCUGUGUCCACUUUGUGACUGUGCCUGUACAUACCAGCCCCCAGACUGCCAGAAUAUCAACUGUAUUUGUUUUGAAAUCAAAUUGCGUUAAGGGAUCUUAGAUUUCUAAAUAAAGGAGAUUUGUAUUUGGAUGCAUGAUAAAAUGUAGGAGAUUGCAAGGGAUGGUUAAUAUAGUAAACUGUUGCUCACAUUGGCAAAAUUAACUUUUGUGUUGCCAAGACACUUAAAACUUUGCACUUCUUUUUAGUGUUUUUUUAAAAUACUAUUGAUUUUUAUAAUGCUUGUUUGAUACCACGUUUUAUAUGAACUGCUGCAUUUUAUAAUAAAUUGAGUUGUCUA